AAUCUCCGCCCACGGUGGACGCUGGUGAUCCGUGACGAGCAAACCUCCGCAAGGCCGUUGCCGCUCCGGCAGUCAUCGAGAAGCGACCGCGCCUGUGUGGCCGUGGGGGGCUGUUAACCAGACCAGGGCUGGGCGACCACGAUCGGCUCCAAACAGGUCUCCGCAAUAAGACUGAAGCUGUGGAGUGACAUGGGCAGCAAAAGUGAUUACACACCCUGUAGAUCUGACACAAGAUCCUUGCUGGAGCUGCCAAACAGAAAAUGACUCAGAGAAAUGGGAGCAGGGGCUCGAGCGAUUGCGACAUCCACUCUGAGGCCUCCAAGGCUUUUGAGCUGGCCAACAGUGUGGAGUGCGAGGAGGUGCAGCGGGCCAACGACUGCGAGUUCUUUGAGGAGACUGGACCGGAGGUUGAAAGAAGAAACCAUGGGACUAGAACGGUCACAGCUCCAGAUGGCGGCUGGGGCUGGGUGGUGCUGGUUGCCACCAUCCUGGUCCUGGCUUUGACCCUGGGAUUUCCUUCCUGUGUGGGAAUCUUUUACACAGACUUGCAGAAUGAAUUUCAAGCCUCCAACAGUGAAACGUCCUGGGUGCCCUCCAUCAUGACGUCAGUGCUUCACGCAGGAGGUCCCUUUUGUAGCGUGCUGGUGGAGAGGUUUGGCUGCCGAGAGACGGUCAUGUUGGGCGGGGUCCUGAGUGGGCUGGGGAUGGCUGCCAGCUCAUUUACCCACUCAAUCUCUGAACUUUACAUCACUGCUGGAGUCAUUACAGGACUUGGUUUCUGCUUCAGCUUUCAGCCAGCUGUGACCAUCAUGGGACACUACUUUGUGCGUCGUCGAGCGUUUGCCAACGCCAUGUCGUCCACCGGCACGGCCCUGGGACUGUGCACUCUGCCUUUCCUGGGAAACUACCUCCACACAGAGUUCGGCUGGAGGGGAAGCUUUCUCAUUCUGGGGGCUGUCCUGCUGAACUGCUGCGUGUGCGGAGCUGUGAUGAGGCCCCUCCAGCCCAACAAGCACCGCGGCCAACCGCUGAUGAACCAUGGGCCUCCUCCUACAGACCAGAAAAAUGAGAGGAAGGAAAGAGGCUGGUUGAGGACAAUGUGGAGCUGCCUGUUGGCCUCCUUGAGCAAACACAUGGCCUUCGAUCAGUUCUGCAACAACCCGCGUUACUGCGUGUACGCCAUAGGCAUCACCUGGAUGAUGCUUGGGUUCGUGGUGCCUUUGGUGUACCUGGUUCCUUAUGCCACUGCGCACAACAUGGAGCCAGCCCAGGCUGCGUUCCUCCUCUCCAUCCUGGGGAUUGUCAACAUUGUGGUGCGGCCACCAGUUGGCAUCAUCUUCAACAUGCCCUGGUUUACAGGGCGACAUAUUUAUGUAUUUGCCUCAGCUUUGCUGGUCAACGGGCUCAGUAACAGUAUCUGCUGCAUCGGGCCCAGCUUCUCUGUACUGCUGGCUUACGUGAUCAUGUACGGGCUUUCCAUGAGUGUCGUGGGCUCCCUGAUGUUUACUGUCCUCAUGGAUAUAGUAGAGAUGAGCCGCUUUCCCUCUGCUCUGGGCCUGCUUGCUGUCUUUGAGAGCAUCACGCUUCUGAUUGGACCUCCACUGGCAGGAAUCCUUGUGGACAACACGAAACAGUAUUUCUUCGUCUUUUUUGCCUCCAGCGCCGUCGUUGCCUCAUCUGCCGUGUUCCUUAUCGUGUCUUUCUGCUGGCUGGAUAAAAAGGAGAGGAAGGCAUCAAAGCGGGGUCAGCCCCCUGCUCAGCCCGACCCGGUGAGGCCGGUGGUCGACCUCUCUCCUGGCUGCCAGUACCGCAGCGUGCCCACGGAGGGAGACAAAGACAAGUCCUCGGCCAACGGGGCAGAGCACAUCACCAGCGUCUAAACCAGCUCACACCGUUUAUCACUGUCAACAAACGCCACACUCUGGCUCUCACAGUUUUACAAGUUAAUGGUGAUAUUUGGGGCAGCUUUACACUGUUUGACUAAGUUACCAAAAUGAACAGAUGUGCACUAACAACAACAUGAUUGUACUGUUUAUUGUAAAAUGCUGCUGAUCUUAUUCACCUGAUCACAUAAUCUGUCACAAAUGAUGUACAGUAUAUCAUUUAAUCAAGCCAAGAUGUUUGUGAAAGAAAUAACUUAUAAUCAAUUAUGUUUGCUUAAAUGUUUCAUUGCUGUGUUUAUCCAUGAUGAGUCUGCAGACAUAAAGUAGAUGCAACCGACCACACUUCAAGUAGGACAUGCACCAGAUUGAGGCCUCUGUU